AUGUGCUACGUGGGGAAAGCAACAAAGAUCUUCAUUUUCAUAGUCACGGUGCUCGUUGUUCUGGGUCUGGUUUUGGGAUUGGGGAUCCUACGCCGCCGCCACCACACAACUGCAAAUGAAUGUUCUGAUGGGUCUUGCUCACAUCUACUUCCACCUGCAAUCUCCGCCCCCAAUUUCAAUCCACCAACCCCACCUCCCUCCUUUCAAUACCCCCCUACCCCACCAACCAUUCCGGUUACAAAUCCAACCCCUCCUCCUCCUUCCGACACCAACCCAUCUCCGCCGCCGCCGCCAAUGCAGCAGUCGCCGCCACCGCCGCCACCUCCGCCGGAGGAAUCUGCCCCUCCAAAUCCUCCAAGUGUGGCGGGGCCACCUAUUAAUACACCUACACCAGGGUCGGCGCUGGUGGCACAAGCUCCUGUGCAUGUUUUUGUGUAG